AUGGGGCAUGUUGUACACCAGUUCAAGGCUCUAUUUUGGAAGAAUUGGCUCUGCCGUGUGAGGCAACCGGUCCUGUCUCUCACUGAAAUACUCUGGCCAUGUGUGCUUUUCUUGAUUCUGGCUGCAAUCCGCUUCCAGGAGCCCCCAAAAUACAAGGAAAACUGUUACUUAGAAGCUCGGGAUUUACCAAGUCGGGGCCUUUAUCCUUUCAUGCGGACCCUCCUCUGUAAUGUUGGUUCAAAAUGCAAGAAUACUAGUUACACAACACAGAAAAACAACCGCUUACAUACUGCAGGCAUCCAAAGUAGUCCAGGGAGAUUCACGGGACCUGACCUAGACUUCAUGAAGGAGAUAGAAGAACUUGCAAAGGGAUUUAUUGAGACCACAGAGAAAGCCAUGGCUUUAGAUAAGCUAUGGGAGGAAAACUCAAAGUUCUCAGGGCUCCAUAACAUCACCACUUUUCUUACUAUGGAUUUGAAUGAAGCAGAGGAAAUGAUUUCUAGAGCAGAAAACCUGUACAAGCAACCAUAUUUCUGGAACCUUCUGCAUUCACUCCCUCGCCUUGAAUUGAACACCUUUUAUACAGAAGAUGAGUUAGCUGCUGUAGCACAGUUUCUAACAGUUAUUCAAAAUACAUUAGCAUCAUUGAAGGAUUUAGCUAUGAUGCCAUGGGGCCAAAGUUUCUAUGAAGUGGUGAAAACAGCACUGAAUUUAACUGCUGCAUCAGUACAGGAUAGGAGCUUGCAAGGUUUUCAGUAUAAUCUUUCUCUCAGAGAUAUUUUGUGGAAUCCACAUGCUGUGAGAGCAGAACUUGAAUCCAAGUUUGGUUUUGAUGAUCUUCAUGUUGAGAAGCUGCUAAGUUAUACAGCACAAUUAACAAAGAUUCCCACAGGAGAGACACUGGAGCAGUUUGUGUGCUCUGCUCUGUCCAGUGUGCCAGAAGAUGAAGCAAACAAAGAGAAUAACGAAGAGGGCUGUAUUUCUGCAUGGCAUGAGACCAAACUGUAUCUUGUUCAUGCUGUCAGCAAGCUCAGACUCUAUGCACAGGUAUUUGAGCAAUGGUUCAGCAGCAGCAGUCUCUCUCGGAAACUCCUUUCGGAAUUUGAAAGAAUCAUAGCUGAUUUAAUGUCUCAGUUUCUAGAUGACAGGGAAGCCAGGAAACUUUUUUCAGAGAUAAAUACCCUGAUCCAGCAAUGGAAUGAGAAAUCAAAUGCCAACUUUUCAGAAGGAUAUACUGCAUCUCAUGAUCUGAUUUUGACAUCUUUCAAAGAGUUUUUGAAGAGAGAAGAAAACUUCAGGAUUUCUGGUGAAAAGGAAAUGGGUCAUCUUUUUCAUCUUGUAGAAGUCAUAGAAGAAAUUAUAAUGCUUGAUUUCUCAAUUUCUUCAAACCAGUCUCUAAUUGAAAAUGUCUUGAAUAAUACAAUUAUAUGGAUGAAAAAUUUUGCUGAGGGGAAGGAAUCUGCCACCAAUUUCUCACUUGCAGUUUCUGAACUCCAUAAUGAGCUACGAAAAAAUUUCCAGCCUCUUCAGAGAUUCUGGACGAAAGAGAAGACAGAAGUUUUCUGGCAUAUAGUGAAAAUGGUAUUCUAUGAACUUGAUUCUAGGCUCUCUCAUUUGAGUCAAGCGGAAGAGGAGGAAGUAUUUGAGACCUUAUCUAGAAUUAUGUUUUCCACUACAGAAAAUAAAAUCCGUAAUAGAAGUAUGCUAUUGCUCAAAAAUAUCAUGACUGAUUGGCCGGAGUUAAAUAUUGCUGCUUUGUACCAUCUAGAACGCUUAAGUGAAAACUUCCUAAGGAAUCUCUAUGAGGUUGGAUCAUUGACUGAUGAUCAAGUCAAUGUGUCUUUAAGCACAAUUCAUGGAAUGAGUAAUGCCUCCUCUUUCUUACUCUCAAAUGCAACUUUUAUAUAUAAAGUAAAAGAAUUAGAAGAAAUUGUGCACGAUUUCUUUGAAAACAUCCAAAAAUUAAACAGUACUAGUGUGGCCUCACUUAUUCCAAUACUUCUCUCUCUGUAUCAGAAUGAUGAUCUGGUCUUAAAAAUUGAGAGCAAUAGCACUCUGUUAACAUUUCUUUAUGAGACUUCAAAAGGUAUUUCAUCUUUUCAAGUAUGGCAUGAUUUCCAAGAUAGGGAUCGAGUUUUUGAUUUUGUGUCUGAAACUUUUGAUCUUCUCUGGAACUUCACCAGUAAGUCUCUCUGUGAAAAGUUACUAAUCAUUUACAACUACACAGAGUUUCAGGCCCAGUUUUUUGCACAGAAAGGAAAAAAAGAGAUGCAAGUUGUCUAUAGCACUCUGAGCAGCCUUAAAACUUUGUUUAUAGAUGAAAGGCUCCAAACAGCUGCCUUUUGUUAUUUGGAACAGUUUCUUGAUAUCUCUGCAGAAUGCCUGUUAAAUAAUAGGUGCAUUGAUUUUUAUCUAUCAAACAUUACUUCUGUAGAUCAUUCAGCAGAGGUUUACAACUUACUUCUGCUUCCAUUGGACAGUGUUCUGUCUAAUAUAACAAACUUGGGAGAUAAGGUAAGUGUGCCUUCUGCUUUGCACUGCACUUUUACGUGGCUUCAAACCUGGACAGAGAUUUUUGAAGAAGCAUCCAAAAUCUUAAAUUUGAAUUCAACCUUUUUUGUCUGUCUAAGAAAUGAUUUGGCAAAUCUCUCUGAAAGUCUUUUAAAUGCAACUCAUGAUGAACUGUGCAAUAAUACAGCUAUGGUUAUUGUUGAAGCUACAACAGCAGCAAUGAAUCUAUUAAAAAUCAUAUUUGAAGGAGGUGGUGAUUUAAAUGACUGGAAAGAUUUUGAAGCUUUUCUUGCUAAUCUUCAAAGUGUAUUUAACAAUGCAGUCGAUGUCACAAGCUCACUUAAAGGUAACAGUUUAGAAAGUGUUUUCGAAAUGAUGGGAGUCAUGAUGACUGAAUUGCAGAAAUCUAUACUGAAGGUUGUUAAUGGAGAGUUUUUGAAUUCUUGGCUUGACACUUUCAUCUCAGGAGGAUCCGAGGGAGAAGAUAGGGGUGCUGGUGUAUUUUCCAUUGGAAAUUCCCUUUCUACUAUUCUCAAGCUCUCCCAAAAGGAACUUGGAAUUAUUCUCACUGAGAUAAAAGACACAACUGCUUUCUUUAAAAGUGUACCUCAAGGCAAAUAUAUGGUUUGUAUCAGCAUUUUCCAGAAUGUUACCAAACUAAUUUUGGACAAUACUCUGAAAGACAUAAGCCAUUCGCAAACAAAUAUUUCAUCUCAUCUCAAUUCCUUUCUAAACUUCUAUAGUACAGUGGAUGAAGCAGAGGAUUGUAUCAGAUGGAUACGUGGAUUAAGUAAUCUCAGUGAAAAAUACAAGUCACCUUCCCACCUUGAAAGUGCAAAACAUAUUUUAUUUCUACUGAAAUCUCUGGGAAACAUUGAGACAGAUGCUAAGCUAAUGAAUGUGAUGGACUUCGUUAAUUUGAUUUUUAAUUUGAUACUCCCUGAAUGUUCCCUAACUGGUUCUGAUGUGAUUUGUGUAAAUGUUUAUUUCAAUAUUAUAGCAAAAACUUUAAAAUUUAUUCUCCCUGAAUUUCAUGUAAAAGAUGACAUUAAUGUGCUUGAAUUUAUUUUUACACUUUUAAAUAACUCUGGAGGGCAAAUACAAAUGAUUGUCAGUGAUUUAGUGGGACACUCACGAUAUACAUCAAAUAAGACCCAUUUUAGUCAGUCAAUCCAUGGAUUUAACAGGACUUCGAGUGUGUUCCUUAAUCAUUUUCGCCAUGUUCAGCUUUCAUCAGUAGAACUUUUGGCAGAAAUUCAAACUCUUCUGAAAAAUAAAACUUUUGAAAUCCAAGAAAACAGCUCCUCUCAUUUGGAUAUUGAGAUUGAACCUUUCUUACAUGAGAAAAAUACCAGUUUGUUGAUGGAGUUCUUUCAAUAUGCAAUUAGUAAACUUGACUCAAAGUUGCAGGGUGAACACAAAACAUUUCUCCAGAAAAUGAUAGAAACAGCAGCUCUGAAUAUUGAACUGGUAAGGAAAGCACUUAAAACUUUCAAGUCUUCUAGUUUUACUGGCUUUCCAUUAAGAGAUGAUAAAGAGUUUUUAAAGCAUGUAGUAGCCUUGGUGCAAAAUAUGAGGAACAUGGAUGUUGAGUUCUUGAUAAGUCAAUUCAAACAAGUCCAGAGGAGCCUAGAUAAUUUCUUUAAAAAUAUCAAACCUUUGUAUAUUGAGAACUCUGAGUUAGGAAUGUUAACAGACUGGUGGGAUGCAUUUGAGAACAAUUCGUGUAAUUGGAACGUGACUGGCUUAUGGCAAAUAACACGACUCUUUGAACAAGAUGAGCUCUACGAUGUAGAAGAGAUGUUCCAUCUCCUCCUCGAUGUCAUCAGCCUUACAGAAAGAUUAGCUCAUGGAAACAUUACAGAAGCACUAACUGAAGCAUACGCUUUCAUACUGACUCAGGAAGAAAAAAUGCCAAUGUUUACUGGAGAGGAGAUCUCUAAUCAAGUAGGAAGUCUUCUAAUGUUACUGGAGACACUGACAGAUAUGUCUGAUGAACAUGCAGAGGCCUCAAUUUGUUUUUCUGCAGCAUUCUGCUGGACUCUCACAACAGCAAUACCUCAGAGUGAUCCCACUUUUAAACCUUGUGACUCUGUGCAUAGCAAUUCUACUCUUAGUUACAAUGCAGUCAUUGAAGUCAUUAAAGAGCUGAAACUCAUCACUCUGGAGGACAGUUCCUCAUGCACUAUGGAAGACCUUCAGAUGGAUAUCACUCGCAAUCUGACUUGCUUUUUUCAUCAGAUCAAAGAAUGGAACUCUAUUCUUUUGAAGUUUUCUGAGCUCCAUCAUGUAAAUGGCUCAGUUCUCAAAGAACUGCUAGAUUUUUGGAAUGAGCUAUCCCUCUAUGCUGUGCCACUGCAGGUGAAUAAUACAUACUCAAUCAAUUGUUCCUCCACACCAAAGAGACAAGUGGCUUUACAAAUCGUAGAAACACUAGGCAGUAUGCCAGUGGCAGAAAUGGAGAUGGCCAAAGGUGUUCUUGAACAGCUGGAUGGUCUUUAUGGUGGUCUAAGUUGGGACAGACAUUCAAGAGCAUCACUUAUAAAGACUGUUCUUACUAAUGUUAAGAAUAUGACCAGUGAAGUUUCUGGACUCCUGGAUACAGAAGCUGUCCUUUCUUUUCUUUCUGUAAUUCAGCCUUUAAUGACGCUGUCUUCUGUUGGAAACCAGACAUACUCAAUGCUUAUGAUAUUAUCAGCUUUAAAUGGCAACAGUAAUAUAUCUGAUAACUUUGAGAACUUCUGGUUUCCUAUAGCUACAACCAUAGAAGAUUUAUUGGUGAAUUUUAAUGUUAGACACUUACUUGCGGUGAUAGACCAAGAGUUUCAAUUACUAAGGUUAGCCACUGGACAGUCCUCCUCAAUGGCUCCUGAUGUUUUAAUACAGCAGUUUAAUACGUCAUCUGUAGAUGCUAUGUUAAGAAAUUUGGAAGACAUACAAGAGAUUGUGAACACCUUUCUAUGUGAGUGUAACAAUAAUAAUUAUUCUAAAAUAAUGCAUGCUCUAAUUCUUCUUAUGGCUAAUGAACAUUCAUCGAAUGACCUACUGCUGGUUGUCAAAGACAUUAUUGACUUUCUGGAACUAUUCCAAAAUAAGUCUAAGGAAGAUUACACUGGUAUGUUGUUUGCUGAUGGUCGUCUUAACAGAGAAAAAUUGAAUAAUACUCAUACUGCUAAUUCAGUUUUGCUAAACAGUCUCCUUCAUAUAAUUGCUGAUCUUGCUGUUAUGGAAGAAGCUCUGCAUACAAACAGUAUUGAGCUUCAGAUAGUUGACUUCAUUGAUUCUUUUUUUUUUGAUAACGCACAAUAUAGAGAAGUUUCUACUCAGCCCCAAAACAGAACUCUGGAGAUCAUGCAAGAGAUCUUGCAAGUGAUAUUUCAGUCUACCACAGAACAUGACAGAAACAACAUAACUUUACUAAAGGAUUUGCAUAAGGAUAUAAUGGCAGAAAUGAGAGCAUCUAAAAUCUGCAAGAUUCUUCAGAAACAUUUAUACCCUGCUAAUGUUCUACUAUUGCAGAAGUUGCAGUUUACCAUUUUGAAUGUUCUUAAAAUCUUUUCAGAAGAAUCAACUGUCAUUGGCAACCUUUUCUGUGUUGUUAUGAAGUGUAAAGAUGGAUUAACGAGUCACUUACUUCUCUCUACCAUUGAAGGAAUCACUCUGGUUCGAGAUCAUUAUCAGGAUAUUGAAAGAAUGUGGCCUGCUUUCAACACGGGGAAUUGUGAGAGUAUGGCAUAUAUAAACCAAAAAUUUUCCAAUAUUUUGGAGAGCUUCUUGGGAGCCUUGCAGGAUACCAGCAAUGGCAGCUGUGAAUGUCAACUAAUGCUGGGGAACAUACAGAGACGACUGCAAAUGGUGGCUGAAAAUUUGGAGCUACAGUUGUCAGACAAUCCAGCGGCAGCUUUUCUCAGCAAUUUUGGUAUUUUGAAUGAUGUGAAAGUCAAAGAGUGUGUGCAGAAUCUUACUCAGUUGAGGCUGGACAUUGGUUCUUCUGUCAAUAUUUCUGAAGAAACCAUCAGUACCAUCUUGGAAGCCAGUAUCUCUCAUUCAGAGGUUUUUUACAGUGCCUUUGUGGUAGCUUUAACUGGAAGAUGUGAUGAAGAAGUACUUAGCCUGCUGCUAAAGCUACCUGAAAACAGUAAAACUUCCCAAGUAGUGGAAGAAUUAUGUUCUUUACCAGCACUGGACUUGUAUACCAUGUUUGUACUGAUUAUACAGAAUUUGAACUUACGUCAUAUCAUUUACAAGAUUAAGAUACCAUCUGAGAUAGGCAAUGUACUAAACAUGCUACUGGAUGUGGUUUCUAGUAUCAGCUCUCUUCUCAAUAAAGCCCACCAUGUCACGGAAAACCUUCCAGUGCUCCUCCAAGGAAUUCAAAAUAUUGGUGUGCUUGACAUCUCUGCAUUGCAGCAGUUCUUGCAAGGUGGGCAGUUCAGAAGUUCAACUGUUGGAUCCCUAGAGUCUGUAAUCAAGGCAGUGUGUAAAGAAGAAUCUUCGUUUUUCAGCAAUGCAAACCUGUUCAUCGACGUGCCUAGAAUCAUGGGACCUUUGGAGGACCAUAAGGCAAAAUAUGGCAUUCCUGAAGACUCAACUCCAUUUUGCUUGAAGCUUUAUCAGGAGAUUUUGCAGUCUUCUAAUGGGGCUUUGCUAUGGACUUUCCUGAAACCUUUAUUACAUGGGAAGAUACUGUACAAUUCAAACAUCAACAUGAUUGACCUGGUGAUGGAGAAGGCUAAUUUCACUUUUGGUUUUGUGGAAAACUUGAAGACUUAUUCUGAGACAUGGCUUAGGAUGUCUGAGGUUUUUAAAACCAGUGGAAAUAUCCUCACGGUCUCACGACUGCAGGAAGCACUGCAAAACAAUUUCGUAAAGCACUUUAUAGAAAGUAAUUUGGAUAUUGACAUGGAAAAACUCUUUAAAGAAAUGCAAGUAUAUGAAGCUGUGAUGAACAAGAUGCUUAACAGCUCAGCACGUAAACAGAUUGACCUGUUGUCACAGCUUGUAGUAAAUAUCUCUUCCUGUGUGUUACUUGACCGUUUCCAGCCUUUUGACUCUGUUGAGAAAUUGGAGGAGAAGGCUCAUGAACUCAUGCAGCAAAAUAAUUUUUUGGCUAGUAUCAUCUUCGAUACGCCAAAGAACAAGACACAAGAUUCUAGCAGUCUCCUUCCACGACACAUCUCAUAUACAAUUAGAACCAAUGUUCUCUAUAGCAUGAGAACAGAUUUGAUUAAAAACCCAGCAUGGAAAUCCCAUCCCCAGAAGUUGCCAGCUGAUGGGUUUAAAUACAACCACAUCUUUAUUCCUCUUCAAGACAUGAUUGAAAGGGCAAUUAUUUCAGCACAGACUGGGACAGAUACCUCGGAGCCAGCCAUUCAGGUGCAAGCCAUGCCUUACCCUUGUCAUACUAGUGAUCUAUUCUUGAACAAUAUAGGGUUUUUUUUCCCACUUAUGAUGAUGUUAACAUGGAUGGUUUCAGUUGCUGGCAUGGUUCGCAAGCUGGUUUAUGAAAAAGAAAUUAAUCUUGAAGAGUAUAUGAAGACAAUGGGUGUACAUCCAGCCAUUCAUUUCUUUGUUUGGUUUCUGGAGAAUGUCAUUGUAUUCACAAUAAGCAGCUGUGCUCUGGCCAUCAUUUUAAAAACAAGUGGUAUCUUUGCUCAUAGCAAUGGCUUCCUCAUCUUCCUUUUUCUUCUGGAUUUUGGAGUUACAGUUAUUACGUUAAGCUAUUUUUUGGGAGCAUUUUUUAGCAGUGCCGAUACAGCAGCUCUGUGUGCCACCCUUGUGUAUAUGAUCAGUUUUUUACCCUACAUAGUUUUGUUGGUCUUGCAGAACCAGUUGAGUUUCACCAACCAGAUUAUAAUGUGUCUUCUUUCUACAACUGCAUUUGGGCAAGGAGUAUUUUUCAUUACAUUCUUUGAGGGCCAAGAAAUAGGAAUUCAGUGGAAUAAUGUGCACCAGUCAAUGGCACAAGGAGGAUACAUGACCUUUGGAUGGAUGUGCUGGAUGAUGUUCUUCGACUCCAUUUUAUAUUCUGUAGGUGGCUGGUAUUUCAGCAAUAUUAUUCCUGGAAAAUUUGGAUUAAAGAACAGAUGGUACUUUCCCUUUACUGUUUCCUACUGGAAGAACCUGUGUGGUGCAGAGAGAAGGAAGAGACAUUAUCUGAAUUCUAAUAUGUUUUUCUUCAAUGAAAACUUCCAAGAAAAAGACCCAGCACCUCCAUGUUGGAAAGGCCCUUGCAUCGAAGGAGCCACCCUUGGUGUCAUGCUGCUGUCUCUCACCAAAGAGCACGUGGAUGGCCAGAAGGCUGCUGUUAAAGAUCUCAGCCUCACUUUCCACAGAGGUCAGAUAACAGCACUCUUGGGACCUAACGGAGCUGGCAAGACAACAGUUAUAUCACUGUUGACUGGUCUGUAUCCACCGAGCUCUGGUACCAUUAUUGUUAAUGGAAAGGACAUACGUACUGAUCUGGCUGCCAUCAGGACAGAGCUGGGUGUUUGCCCACAGUAUGAUGUCCUGUUUAACAUACUAACGGUGCGAGAACAUCUACUGCUUUAUGGAUCAGUGAAGGCACCUAGGUGGACAAAGGAACAGUUGAAUCAGCAAGUCAGUGGAGCUCUGGAAGACAUGGAUUUAUCCCAACAUCAGUACAAACCUGUUGGAGCCCUUUCUGGGGGAAUGAAAAGGAGGCUGUCAAUUGCCAUCUCCUUUAUUGGAAACUCAAAGACAGUUGUUCUAGACGAGCCCACCAGUGGAGUAGAUCCAUGUUCUCGCCGUAGCAUCUGGGAUGUUCUUCUGAAGUACAAAGCUGGUUGCACACUGAUCUUUACCACCCACCAUCUCGAUGAGGCAGAGGUGCUCAGCGAUCGCAUUGCCAUCCUGCAGCAUGGCCAGCUGAGGUGCUGUGGUUCUCCCUCUUAUCUGAGAGAAACAUAUGGCCAGGGACACAGUCUAACGCUCAUAAAAAAGCCCUCUGUAUUUGAAAUCCAGGAUCCUAAGCAUAUGGUUCAGGUCACAUCUCUGGUACAGACCCACAUCCCAGAAGCCUUCUUGAAAGAGAACAGUGGGACUGAGCUGACAUAUGUGAUUCCAGAAGGGGCAGAUAAGACAUCUUUUAAAGGUCUUUUUCAGGCUUUAGAUCAAAGCCUUCAUCAUCUACAUGUGACUGGCUACGGCAUUUCUGACACCACCUUGGAAGAGGUAUUUCUGAAGCUACUGCAGGACUCAGAGAAGGUGCCCUAUGUUCCACGGGCAGCACACCUGGACCAUACAAAUGGUGCUGAAUCAGCCUAUAUCUCACUUACAGGGGCCUCAAGUGCGUGUGGAGCCCGUCUUGUUCUCGCACAGAUUGUUGCCCUUCUGAUGAAGAGGUUUCACCACACUAGGCGAGACUGGAGAGGAAGUCUGUCCAAUGUGCUGCUGCCUGUCCUCUUUGUUGCACUGGCAAUGGCCUUGUUUAGUGUGAAGCCGCUGGCUAUUGAUUAUCCUUCUCUCAAGCUGACACCAAGACUUUAUGACAAUGCAGAAUCCUUCUUUAGCACUGAAGAUGAUAACCUAGGAAACCUUUCUCAGAUUCUGCUGAGAUAUUUCUCUGAUUGGGACAACACAUGCAUGCAUUCAAAACAAGGAAAAAAUAAUUCAUGUUGGCAGAUGGAAUCUACAUCACCCCAGGAUUCAUGUGGAUGUGUGGCUGAACAAGAGAUGUGUCCAAGUUUCAAUACCUCUGCUCCCUAUGUGAAGAAUAAGGAAGGACAUAUUUUGUAUAAUCUUUCAGGGUUCCUUGUGGAAGAAUAUUUAGUGAGGCCUUCCAACAAAGCAAGAUAUGGUGGUUGGUCUUUUGGAGGGAGGAAAGCCUCUGAACUUCAAGAUAGGAAAUUGAAUAACACCAAAUCUAAGCCUCUGGCUAAGGUGUGGUACAACCAAAAAGGUUUCCAUUCGUUGCCAUCCUACUUAAAUGAACUCAAUAACUUCAUUCUGUGGCUGAAUUUGCCUCCUAAUGUGGAUUGGAGACAGUAUGGGAUCACACUCUACAGCCAGCCAUAUGGAGGCGCCUUGCUGGAUGAGGACAAAAUAAUGGAGAAUGUUCGUCAGUGUGGGGUAGCGCUGUGUAUUAUGCUGGGCUUCUCUAUCCUUACUGCAUCCAUUGGAAGUGCCAUAGUGAAGGACAGAGUAUCUGGCACAAAACGCUUGCAGCACAUCACAGGCCUGGGUUACAAAACUUAUUGGCUUGCUAACUUCUGCUGUGAUAUGCUGUUUUACAUGGUUCCAGUCACCCUGUGCGUUGGUGUUAUUAGUGCCUUCCAGCUAUCAGCCUUCACUUUCCGAAAGAACUUGGCAGCCACUGUUCUCCUGCUGAUAUUCUUUGGAUAUGCAACUUUACCAUGGAUGUAUCUUGUAUCCAGAUUCUUCUCAAGUUCAGAUGUAGCUUUUAUUUCUUACAUCUCCUUAAAUUUUGUGUUUGGCCUGUGUACCAUGCUGGUGACUCUCUUACCUCGUUUGUUAGCUGUAAUUUCCAAAGUGCAGAGUUUUCAGAACAUGUACAAUAUCCUCAAAUGGGCGUUCAUUGUAUUCCCACAAUUCUGCUUAGGCCAGGGAUUAAUAGAACUUUCGUACAAUCAGAUCAAGUUUGACCUGACCAGCAGCUUUGGAAUAGAUUCAUAUGUAAGCCCGUUUGAGAUGAAUUUCCUGGGCUGGAUUUUCGUGGAAAUGGCCCUGCAGGGAACACUACUUCUUCUUUUACGGCUUUUUCUUCAUCGGGAUCUCCUCCAGAAACCAAGGGGUCAGUGUUCAAUUAACAGCAUGGUCAGCCCUUCAGAAGAUGUUGAUGUAGAAAUGGAGCGACAGCGACUCUUUGGUGGAAGAACUGGUAAUGAUGUCCUUCUUCUGUACAACCUCAGGAAGUGUUAUGGAGGUUUCAGUAAGAAGAACACAGCUGUGGAAAGCAUAAGCUUGGGAAUACCAAGGGGAGAGUGUUUUGGACUCCUGGGAACAAAUGGAGCUGGGAAAAGCACAACAUUUAAGAUGCUGACUGGAGAUAUCAUCCCAUCUGCAGGACGUGCUGUUAUCAGGACUCCUACAGGGUCUGAAAUGGAUAUACUGUCUGCUAGCUCUGAAGGCAUUCUUAUCGGCUAUUGUCCACAGCAAGAUGCCCUAGAUGAACUUUUAACGGGUUGGGAGCAUCUUUAUUAUUACUGCACACUGCGUGGAAUUCCAAAACAGGAUAUCCGUAAGGUUGCAGAGGACCUUGUUAACCGGUUACACCUCAAUGCCCAUGCUGACAAACUGGUGAGAACAUACAGUGCUGGCACAAAGAGGAAGCUCUCUACUGCUGUGGCUUUAGUUGGUAAACCCCAAAUACUUUUACUGGAUGAGCCCAGCUCUGGGAUGGAUCCCUGCUCUAAACGCUACCUUUGGAAAACCAUCCUGAAGGAAGUUCGGGAUGGCUGUGCAGCUGUGCUGACAUCCCACAGUAUGGAAGAAUGUGAAGCCCUCUGCACACGGCUUGCUAUUAUGGUCAAUGGAAGUUUCAAGUGUCUUGGUUCUCCCCAGCACAUUAAAAACAGGUUUGGAGAUGGCUAUUCUGUCAAGGUUUGGCUUAGUAAAGAAAUAAGCUAUCGAAGCAUGAUUUUGGACUGUCUGCAAAUGCAUUUUCCUGGAACACAGUUUAAGGGACAGCAUCUUAACCUGCUCGAGUAUCACGUGCCACGAAGUCAGGGAUGCUUAGCAGAGCUCUUCAGAGUCCUAGAGAAUCACAAAGCUUUUCUCCAAAUCAAACACUACUCCAUUAGCCAAACCACAUUAGAGCAGGUAUUCAUUAAUUUUGCUACACAACAACGAGGAGUCUCACAUUCUUCACAAGAAUCUCCUGUUGUUCAUCAUGACCACCUGCCAGUCUAGGCU